GGUACUGGCAAGGCAGGGCCGGCCCACAAGGCUCCUUUUCCUUUUUGAUCCAUUCAAAAAUUACUCAUUGCAAAUUCCCGGACCGCUAGGAGCCGAGAAGGAAGGGGGCGGAGGAGAGAGGACCGCUGCCGGCGCCGCGCUGGGGGCACCCGGGGGCCCGAGCAGCUGACGGCGGGUCCGGCCCAAGCAGCCCGCGGGCCGCCCUGGCUCCGGUGGCCUCACCAGGAAGCGUCAGUCUCGACUCUGGGGAAGCUCCGAGCGCCGCCUCCGUCGCCGCCUCCCGCCCGGCGCUGGGUCCCCGAGCCCCCUUCCCUGCUCCCUCCCGGACGCUCGGGCUCGGGCGCUUUCCCCGGCGAUGGCUGGCCGCUGAGCCAUGGCUCAGUACGGCCACCCCGGCCCGCUCGGCAUGGCUGCGAGAGAGGAGCUGUACAGCAAAGUCACCCCGCGGAGGAGCCGCCAGCAGCGCCCCGGCACUAUCAAGCAUGGAUCGGCGCUGGACGUGCUGCUCUCCAUGGGCUUCCCUAGAGCCCGCGCACAAAAAGCCUUGGCAUCCACAGGAGGAAGAAGUGUUCAGGCAGCAUGUGACUGGCUGUUCUCUCAUGUCGGCGACCCCUUCCUGGAUGACCCCCUGCCCCGGGAGUACGUCCUCUACCUCCGACCCACCGGCCCCUUAGCACAGAAGCUCUCUGACUUCUGGCAACAGUCGAAGCAGAUCUGCGGGAAGAACAAGGCCCACAACAUCUUCCCACACAUCACCCUCUGCCAGUUCUUCAUGUGUGAGGACAGCAAGGUGGACGCCCUGGGGGAAGCCCUGCAGACCACGGUCAGUCGCUGGAAGUGCAAGUUCUCAGCCCCGCUGCCCCUGGAGCUCUAUACCUCCUCCAACUUCAUCGGCCUCUUCGUGAAGGAAGACAGCGCAGAGGUCCUCAAGAAGUUUGCCGCUGACUUUGCCGCAGAGGCUGCGUCCAAAACCGAAGUCCAUGUGGAACCUCAUAAGAAGCAGCUGCACGUCACCCUGGCUUACCACUUCCAAGCGAGCCACUUACCCACCCUGGAGAAGCUAGCCCAGAACAUCGAUGUCAAACUAGGCUGCGACUGGGUGGCCACCAUAUUCUCGCGAGAUAUCCGGUUUGCGAACCAUGAGACAUUACAGGUGAUCUACCCCUACACCCCACAAAACGAUGAUGAGCUCGAGCUGACCCCUGGGGACUUCAUCUUCAUGUCUCCGAUGGAGCAGACCAGCACCAGUGAGGGCUGGAUCUACGGCACGUCCCUAACCACCGGCUGCUCCGGACUCUUGCCCGAGAACUACAUUACCAAGGCGGACGAGUGCAGCACCUGGAUAUUUCACGGGUCUUACUCGAUCUUAAACACAGCAUCUUCUAACGCGCUCUCAUUCGGGGACAGUGUGUUGGAGAGGCGACAGUAUGAGGAUCAGGGCCUGGGGGAGACGGCGCCCCUGACCAUCAUUUGCCAGCCCACGCAGCCUCUGAGGGUUAAUAGCCAGCCCGGCCCUCAGAAGAGAUGCCUCUUUGUGUGUCGGCACGGUGAGAGGAUGGAUGUCGUGUUUGGGAAGUACUGGCUCUCCCAGUGCUUUGAUGCCAAAGGCCGCUACAUACGCACCAACCUGAACAUGCCUCAUAGCUUACCUCAGCGGAGUGGUGGUUUCCGGGAUUACGAGAAAGAUGCCCCGAUCACCGUGUUUGGAUGUAUGCAAGCAAGACUGGUGGGGGAAGCCUUACUGGAGAGCAACACCAUCAUCGACCACGUCUACUGCUCCCCAUCCCUGCGCUGCGUGCAGACUGCAUACAACAUCUUGAAAGGUUUACAACAAGAAAACCACCUGAAGAUCCGUGUAGAGCCUGGCUUAUUUGAGUGGACGAAAUGGGUUCCUGGGAACACCUUACCUGCAUGGAUACCUCCGUCAGAGCUAGCGGCCGCCAACCUGAGCGUGGAUACAACCUACAGACCUCACAUUCCAGUCAGCAAAUUAGUGGUUUCAGAAUCCUACGACACUUACAUUAGUAGAAGUUUCCAAGUGACAAAAGAAAUAAUAAGUGAGUGUAAAAGUAAAGGAAAUAACAUCCUGAUUGUGGCUCAUGCGUCUUCCCUGGAAGCAUGUACCUGCCAGCUGCAGGGCCUGUCCCCCCAGAACUCCAAGGACUUUGUACAAAUGGUCCGAAAGAUCCCAUACUUGGGGUUUUGUUCCUGCGAAGAACUGGGAGAAACUGGGAUAUGGCAGCUGACAGACCCCCCUAUCCUCCCUCUCACCCAUGGACCAACUGGGGGCUUCAACUGGAGAGAGACCUUGCUGCAAGAAUAAAUCACGGCAGUGAACAAGAAGAGGAGGCUCUAGAAGGCCGUCGGGAGAAGCGUCUUUCCGUGUGUUGAGUGACAGUGGCCAAGUCUGUACCACCUCCUAAGUAGACAGCUCAGCGUCUUUGAGCAGAUUUCCUUUCAUGCUUUAAAACUCUGAUGAUGAGACUGUGGGAAUGAGAAAAAGACCUGAUUCAGGGAUGGAAUUCAUUCUCUCUGGAUGCUUACCUAGCUAACAAAGCUUUCGAGAACUGUCUUCAUAAAUCAAGGCACCUGCUACAGCAGCAGAUGUGUUCUUCCUUCCUGCUGUGCGUGGCUGAGGAGCCAGAGAGCUCCUGAAGGGAGCAGUCAGCCUGCUCCAAGGAGGAAUGCGAGAGGGCAGCGUGUGUCCAGAAUCCAGCUGGAGAGACACCGAGCUGCCAGUUUGGUGAUGGGAUUCUCUCGGACUCCAUGUCCAGUUAGGCAAAGCCAAGCUGAGAGAUUCUUUUUAAGGUUAUUAGAAAAAUGGCCCUGCAGAGAGUUGUUCUUAUUGCACAUCAAAUUCUCCCCUCCCUAGGACCCCCACACCCGUGCUGCUGGCUCAAGGCGCCUGCUGGAUGACUCCGUCCACCCUGGUACCUACUCCUGCCGCGUUUUCUCUAGAACAACUGGCUACGGCGUUUUGCUAUGGCCCUUCCCCCUCGCUUCUCUCUGUGAAAUGGGGAGACCAAGCACCUUUGGACACUCAGGAGGAAGACAGACGUGCGACGUAUUCAAUUGUGGGAGCAAAGAACUUCCAAAAUAUAAAGCGACCUGGCAUUAUCCACGUCCCAGCAUUUCCAAAUCACCAUGAUCUUCUCAUCUUUGCCCCUAGAGUCUAGACUGUGGUGACUGGUAAAGGAUGUUGGCGUUUUGAAAGCGUGUGUGUUCGGUCCGUUACUUGAGUCAGCAAGAAGCUCAUUCCUGUGCAAUACGGACGUCUUUACAGACCGUACCCAGGGUCAGGUCGUGUACACAGAGUACUUGUCACCAAGGGCUGCACAUCCACCCAUGCAUCAGUGACACCAGAGACGCUCAGAGAAGUCAGGGAACUAAUUUAAAGGAUGACAGUCACGAUUGCUGUGCGUGCUGUCAUUUUCUAUUUGUUUUUCUAGAACGUAACAUACCGAGGUAGGGCUACUUAAGAAAAGGUGGGCGAGCCACGUCCUGUGGUUUCUCGUCACACCUGCUUCCUGAAUUCAGAGGGAGUUUAUCUAAAAGAAAAAUAAAUGACAAUCAAACUAAGACAUCAGUUAUCGAUGUGUAUUUAAUUGUGUGACUAGCUGACUGUUGGCCGCACACGACGGUCUGGUGCGGUGUAGUUCACUGUGUAGACAAUGUGUGCAGAUGAGAUCUGAGACAUGUAGAGAAACAGUGUAGAACAAAACAGUGUAUGUUGUAGCAAAUAGUACAUAUGAAACCCAAAAACAGAUCUGUGCUCCUAUUUGAAACUGGAAAGUGAGGAUUCCUAAAAAAAGGAGGAAAGUGAAAGGAUGCUGGCUAUGUGUCUUAAUCAGCAAGAGGAUUACAGUUGGGGUUUUUUUUAGGCCACUUAGACAAAUAUGUCAUGAAUUUUAGAUUUUAAGAAACAAACUUGAUUUUUUCUAGCAUUGCACCAACACUGAUCCAGCUACUGGGUAUAAAAAUACUCCGUGCUGAUACCAUUGAGUAAUAGAAAAUGUUUGAACCUUAAAAAUAGGGGAAAUAUUCUCAGUAAGAGAUUUCUAGGAGAAAAAUCACAUUACGGCUGAUAGGAUAUCACUGCUACUCAUUCUUUCAUCUGUAAUGAAAUGAAUCUACUGUUUAAUCAGAUCCGUAAUGUUCAUUAGACUCUCCACAAAUUUUCUUGGAUGUGCAAUGGUCAGAAUAAUGCUUGAGCACCUCACAUCUGACUUCCUUGAAGAUUGUAGCUGUGUGUUCUGGGCAGCGUCUGUACCUGGGCAGAAUAGGGCUCGGGAUAGGUUAUCCUCUCCCCCUCUUGGCUGUCUUGGUCCUGUGAUGACCUGAGAUGCCAGUUCAGCUGGGUACCAGUCCAUUGUCCUUAGCACAAUAUGGACGGAGUCUUAGGCUGUCUUCUGCAUGAGCAGGAGGCAGAGAUCUGAAAUCAUGUGCUGAGUAAUUGAGGUGGAAACCCCUGAAUUCAGGAGUUUAUUCUUCUGCUUUCAUUAUCUGGAUUGUUGAUCAAAAUGGUCUGAAUGAUCUGAAUUCACAUUCAAUUCUCUUUUCACAUAUUGGUAUUUUAAAAACUAAGACUCCAACGGAGAUAUUCUUUGAAAGUCAUGUUGAAUCUGUGUGUAAUAAAAAGAAUGCAGGAGUGUAUUACAUGAUUUCAUUUUCAUCCAAAAAUUCUAGGUUGACAUCACACCCUGAACUUCAGCUCGGUUCUUUUUGAGCCAAGGCUGACGCUUAUUUAGAACUAACAUUGGGGGUGGGGAAGUCAGGGAAGGAAGGAAGGAAGGAAGGAGGGAAGGACACACGGACAUCAAGAGAAGAACCAAAUGUUACUUGCAGACGGGAAUUUUUUGUUUUAUUGUAGAAAGUUGCCUGAAA